CUCUUUUCAAAUAUCGAUUUAGCGAGCCCUAAGCAAAAUUUGCAAAAAAAAGUUGUUCAUGGUGUUUUUCUUCACAAUUUAUCCUCAUUUUAUAUUUACGCCAAGUAGGACGAAAAUCGCAAAAUUGCCUGAAGACAAAGGAAAGUAAAUCGGUCUAGAACUCUUCUGUCUGCAAUAUGAUGAUAAUUGCGAAUCGAACAGGAAGAAGGAAUUGGAAUCUCACAAGGAGGAAAUAUUAGAAAGGGAGCAGCAGAACAGAAAAGCACAGUACAACAGCAGCAGCAGUAGAAGAAGCAGGCAGAAAAACAACGGUUACAUUGGGCCAGAUUUUACAGUGUCCUGCGGCAAUUAAAAUCCAAUUUGAUUUGUGAUUGCGGGGUAAAAAAUUUUGCGAAAAAUCCAUGCUGCCACUGGUCGAAUAAUUUUAGAAAGUUUUGCGGAGUUUACGACGGGAAAAAAGCGGUGCGAGCGCGCUUGAGUGUGAGAAGAGGAGGAAACUAUGGACACCACCAUGACACAGCAGAGAAAUCGUAUGCAGUCGUCGACAUCAACUACAAACAGCAGUUCUGCAUCAGGAAGUAUUAAUGUUGCUUCAGCCAUACAAAGUGGUAGUGGUGGUGUUGGCGGCGGCAGCAGCAACAACGGCCAAGGCAAUACGUCAGCAAUUGCUGCAGCUACAUCACCACCAACACCCAUUGAAAGGAAUACCUCUUCUUUUGCCAAUCUAUUAGACGGCUUUGCGUCGCGUGUUUCGGGUGAUCGUCAGAGUCAAAGUGCUGCUAGUACACCAAGCUCCAGCAGCUCGUCGGCAGCGGUUGCGCUGGGAAGUGGUGCAGCCAUUUCAACUGCAAGUUUGGUUAGUGGAGCUUUGGGUGGAGCUAGUUCUAUUGCAAGUUUGACAAGUAUAGGUUCUACGGCCAAUGCGUUUUAUUCUUCCAUUGGCUUAGCUUUCAACUCCUUGACAUCACCAAUUACAGCUGCAGCGGCCGCUGCUUCGGCAACAACGGCGGAAGUUGUUGUUGCAGCUGCUUCGGCGAUUUCAAAUCAUCUCAGUUCACCGACCAGCACCACGCCUCCACAUGGAGAACUUGAUGACGAAGAUGAAGAUUGUGACGAGGACGACGACGAAGAAGACGAUGGUGAAGACAGCCAUAUCCCUGCGCCCACACCCAAAAAAAGUUGGUCCGAAAUUAAGGCAACUGUGAAUGAGAUACGCAAGCAAAUGUCAAAUCUGUCCAGCAUGGUGCCCUCGAGCAUACAAUUUCGCACACUAUCCGAUGGUCGGGUGCGUUGCUAUUUCUUGAGUACACCACCGAAUGAAUGGGAGACGACUCUUCUGUACACAGACAUUAAUUUAACCAAUAUCACAACGACAAAUAAUGCAGAUGACUUAGCUUCACCAGAUAGUCCAAAUGAUAGCGGCAGCAUACGAAUGGGAUCACCACCCCCUCCGUCACAUGCAUCGUCGCCAUCAAUGCACUCGAGUUUUCUGGGAAGUUAUGGUAAUUUUGGCAAAAGACUUCAGUGGAAUGUAGUAUUGCAACAGCCUCUGUCCAGUGUGGCAACAGCUGGUGGGAGCGGUAUAAACGUUUGGUCACGGGAAUUCCAGCUGAUGCAGGAGCGCAAACGUCUUUCUACUUGGGGCAUUACUUCAUACGAAUUGCACAAGCCAAGUGGCAAAAUAGUAUUUCCAUGUUUCAAUGAUUUGUAUCAAUGUCUGGACACAGGAUAUAAUAACAGCCCGCUCUUCCCCAUACAAUUGCGCACAUGCCCUCAAUGGGCUGCAUUGGAUCCCCAAAUAUGUCCACAAAAUUCCGAUUUGAUAGCCUACAUAAGUGGAUGCGACAUUUGGGUAACUCACACACUCAGUGGCCAUGAGGAACGUCUAACGUUUGCCCACGAUGGACGACGUUCAUUUGCCGAUGAUCCUCUAAGUGCUGGUCUGCCAUCCUAUGUUAUGCAGGAAGAGUUUAGCCGCUAUCAGGGGUAUUGGUGGCAACCUCAUUCAGAUGAUGGCAUAUAUCGCAUUGUUUAUGAAGAGGUUGAUGAGUCUGAUGUUUGUUUAUAUACCUUCCCAUCGGCUCAUGCUGCUCCGGGAGAAAUGGAAGAGUAUCGAUUUCCACGUACUGGCACAGCCAACGCAAAAUCUAAACUAAAAAUGGUUCAAUUCAUUCUAAAUGAAUCCUUGCAAAUAAGUGAUGUGUGCAUAAAAGACUUGCCAUAUUCCCUGACAGGUGUACUGCCAUGGCUGGAGUAUAUUGUUAGAGUUGGUUGGACACCAGAUUCUAAAUAUGUGUGGAUGGCUGGAAUGGACCGCAAACAGCAGCGUUUGGACUUAAUACUUAUACCGGUAGAUAAUUUCUGUGAAACAUAUAGCAGUUCCACAUCAUCACCAUCGGGCUCAACCGAUCACAGCUGGAAGAGUCCUUUCUGUCGGACGAUAUCUCCUCUGCAGGUCAUAUAUACUCAAGUCUCCGAAUCGUGGAUAAAUGUCCAUGAUCUAUUAUAUUUUCUUGAAAUUACCGAAACCACAAUAACCUUCCUUUGGGCCUCCGAAGAGACGGGGUUUCGCCAUUUAUAUUUAGUUACAUCUAGCCUCUGUCCAAAACCCCUGAAUGGCUGUAAUGAAAAUCUUUCAGCUGCAGGCUCUUCGGGCAGUGCUUUCGAUAAUAGUCAACGUUUAAAGUUCCAUGGUGCAAAUACAGAAAAUCAAGCCGAUAUUAUGGAUGGCGCAACACUACAUCCAAGAAUUAUUAACAAAGUUGCUUUAACUUCCGGCGAAUGGGAAGUGCUUGGUCGUAAUUUAUGGGUUGAUAAAGAACAACAGCUUGUGUACUUUUUAGGUUUAAGAGAAACUCCAUUAGAAAAACAUUUGUAUGUCGUUAGCUUGCAAAGGCCGGAACAUAUUAGGCAGCUAACAGAAUCCGGUUAUUCGUAUGUGGUGGAAUUUGAUGAUUCUUGUCAAUUAAUGUUGCAAAUCUAUUGCAACAUUCAACGUUUGCCCUCGUGCAAAGUUAUGCGUUUAGUGCAAACCUGUCAAAAUGGUGGCGUAAAUGGUAUCCAAUUGUCAUUAAUGGGCUAUUUGCAUGAAGGUGGCAAACCUGAACCCCAGUAUUGUCCACAAAUCUAUUCGCCUCAACUGCCUUCGGGAGAGAUUGUAUAUGCCAUGGUGUUCAAACCACACAAUUUUCAAUUGGGUGUCAAAUAUCCAACUGUAUUGAAUGUUUAUGGUGGUCCAGAAGUGCAAACAGUUAAUAAUACAUUUAAGGGAAAACAUCAACUGCGCAUGCACAUGCUUGCCGCUCAGGGCUAUUGCGUCAUUUGCAUAGACUCACGAGGUUCAAGGCAUCGUGGUACGAAAUUCGAAAGUCACAUACGUUGCCGUAUGGGUCAAGUGGAAUUAGCCGAUCAAGUUCAUGCUCUACGAAUAUUGGCCGAUCAGCUGGGCUACAUCGAUAUGAAUCGUGUUGGCAUACAUGGAUGGUCGUAUGGUGGUUAUUUGAGUCUUAUGGGCUUAGUGCAUUAUCCAAACAUAUUUAAGAUAGCCAUUGCUGGUGCACCCGUCACAAAUUGGGAAUAUUAUGAUACGGGUUAUACAGAGCGAUAUAUGGAUUUGCCACAAAAUAAUAAAUCGGGUUACACGGCUGGAUCGGUGCUCAACUAUAUACCCUUGUUUCCUGAUGAAGAUAAUCGUUUAUUGCUCAUUCAUGGCCUCAUCGAUGAAAAUGUACAUUUUUUCCAUACGUCUCAGCUAAUCAAUGCCUUGAACAAAGCAAACAAGCCCUAUACUCUGCACAUAUUUCCCGACGAACGGCAUUCGUUGCGUAAUCUGGAAUCCAAUAAGAAUUACGAGACUAAAUUAUUGUCAUUUUUGCAAAACUUAUAAGAAGCCAGCAGAUCAGCAGCAACAACAACAACAACAUCAACAAGAACAAAAAAUUAACCAACCCGAAACAAACAAAGAAAUCAAACAAAAACUAAGCAAACAACACACAUUUGAAGACAUUUUGUUGAAGACGGCAAUUCUACACACAUCAACAUAUAAUACCUACGGAUAUAUAUAUACAAUAUAAAUAUUAUAAAUACAUUUAUGUACUUGAGAUUUUUGGCGUUAAAUAUGUACAUUCACAUUAAUUUGUUGUAUUUGUUUUCAAAACCACCACCACCGUCUCCUCCUCCCCAUAUCCUGUUCCCCGAAAACAAAAUACUGCUGCCUCCUCCUCCCCCUCCACCCCCUCUAACUAAUCGCCUGAUUCUCUAUAACUAUUAUUUGUAAUUUUUAUUUUUUUUUAAUUUUAAAUACUUUUUUCUCAACCUAAAUUUUAGAAAUGCUUCUUUUUUUAGUGGCUGUUAAACGUUUAAAAUGCAAUGUGCAAAGAUAUUCUUCUUUUUUUUAAAAAAAAACUGAUUAUAAAUAAUUAUUCCAGGAAUGUCAUCAAUAUUUUAUUAAGAUAAGCAAAGAUGAAAGAAAACCAAGAAAAGAAAAACAUGGUUUCCCAUUUUUAAGAAAAUUGGGAAAUGUGUUUAAAUAUAUAUUUAUCUAAUAA